AUGCAGAGAAAGAACUUCACUGAAGUGACAGAAUUCAUCUUCUUGGGAUUCUCUAGCUUUGGAAGGCAUCAAAUAACCCUCUUUGUGGUUUUCCUAACCAUCUAUAUUUUAACUCUGACUGGCAAUGUCAUCAUCGUGACGAUCACGCUCAAGGACCAUCACCUCCACACUCCCAUGUACUUUUUUCUCAGCAUGUUGGCGAGUUCAGAUGUGUACACACUAGUCAUUGUCCCAAGAAUGCUCUCCAGCCUGAUUUUUCACGAUCUUCCCAUAUCCUUGACAGGUUGUGCAACCCAAAUGUUCUUUUUUGUUACCUUGGCCACGAACAACUGCUUUCUGCUCACAGCCAUGGGUUAUGAUCGUUAUGUGGCCAUUUGUGAUCCCCUGAGAUACAUGGUCGUCAUGAGCAAAGGAAUGUGUGCCUGGUUGGUUUGUGCAUCUUUGGGCACAGGUCUGGUUAUGGCAGUUCUCCAUGUGCCAGCCAUGUUCAGUUUGCCCUUCUGUGGCACAGUGGUGGAACACUUUUUCUGCGACAUAUAUCCAGUAAUGAAACUUUCUUGUGUUGAUACCACUCUCAAUGAGAUCAUCAAUUACCGUGUUAGUUCAUUUGUGAUUCUUGUGCCUAUAGGCCUGAUAUUUAUCUCCUAUGUCCUCAUCAUCUCUUCCAUCCUUAAAAUUGCCUCAGCUGAAGGCCAGAAGAAAGCCUUUGCCACCUGUGCCUCUCAUCUCACUGUGGUCAUAGUUCAUUAUGGCUGUGCCUCUAUUGCCUAUCUCAAACCCAAGUCAGAAAGUUCAGUAGAAAAAGAUCUUCUUCUCUCUGUGACAUACACGAUCAUCACUCCCCUGCUGAACCCUGUUGUCUACAGCCUCAGGAACAAAGAGGUCAAGGACGCUCUAUGCAGAGCUGUGGGCAGAAACACUUCUUAA